UGUCAGAAACAUUAAAAACAUUGUCAACAGAUCGCUACUUUAUCAAGAUGUCUGACGAUAUGUCGUGUGUGGCAUUAUGUGAAGACUUCAGUCUAGAGAGUUUACAAUUGGACCAACUUUUGGAGAAGAUGACUGAACAAAUGGAGAAUAUUUCAGUAAAAUUGUCCUGGAUGGCCUAUGAUAUGGUUGUGAUGCGCACCAGUCCAGAUCUUGCUGAAUCCCUCAAGAGCCUGGAGAAUGAGUUCCUCAAGUGCAAAUCUGUUAUCUGUGGGCCAACAGAUGGACAAGAUCAAGAAUCUCACCCUGCUGCUGAAGACCAGAACAUCCCCCAAGAAUAGAUUUGUUUUAGUGUAGAGCGGAAGCUCCUGAGUUAGCAAUGUUAAAUAGUAAAAGGCCUCUGCAGUUAGAUUAGCCAGAAUAAUUUGAUAGUGCCAUAUACAUAUUUGUGUUAAAUUUGGGAUGAUUUUGUGAUUGUGUGCCCUCACA